CAUGCGUGCGCGUCUGUAGGGCGAGUGUGAGGAGUGUGAGUGUGAAAUUACAUUUGAACACAGGAAGGGUUUGGUUUAGACGCACAUCGCUGUUGAAACGGUUCAUUAAUGUGACAGUAUGGAGUCCAGUGUGCUGCCUCUUAUACUCUUGCUGAUGUCUAACAGCUACUCUGAACCAACUCCAGAUAAACCUAAAUCUGUUCUGACUGUAAAUCCUGAAACAUCACCGAUAUUCAGAGGAGAGACUGUCACUCUCACAUGUGACGUACAGGAGACAGAAGUGACAGACUGGACAUACAGAUUUCAGUGUGGUCGUGAUGAUCAAGACUCUAAUGAGAAAGAGUUCAAGAUUACUGCAAUGUACAGCGGAUACAGUAAAUGCUGGUGUAUCGCUAGAAGAACAUCUAGACUAAUCUGGACUCACUGGAGUGAUGAAGUGUCAUUUCGUGUCAUCGAUAAAUCUGUUCUGACUGUAAAUCCUGAAACAUCACCGAUAUUCAGUGGAGAGACUGUCACUCUCACAUGUGACGUACAGGGGACAGAAGAGACAGACUGGACAUACGGAUGGUUUUGUGAUGGUCGUGAUGUUCAAAACUUUAAUAAGAUGACAUAUGUCAUUAACAAUAUUAGUGUACGAAACAAGCAGAAAUGUAAGUGUCGAGGUACCAGAACAUCAAGGCCGUUCUCCUCUGAUUGGAGUGAUGAUGUCAUUCUUAAUGUCAUCGAUAAACCUGUUCUGACUGUAAAUCCUGAAACAUCACCGAUAUUCAGAGGAGAGACUGUCACUCUCACAUGUGACAUACAGGGGACAGAAGAGACAGACUGGAGAUACAGAUUUCAGUGUGAUGAUGAUGAUGUUCAAGACUCUAAUAAGAAAGAGUUCAAGUUUACUCUAAUGGACAGCAGAUACAGUAAAUGCAAGUGUAUCGCUAUCAGAACAUCUACACAAUUCAGCACUUCCUGGAGUAAUGAAGUGUCAUUUACUGUCAUCGAGAGACCAAAACCUGAAGUGCGUGUAAAUCCAGAUCAUCAUGUGUUCAGAGGAGAGACAGUCACUCUCACAUGUGACAUACAGACACAAACACACACUGAGUGGAGAUACAGCUGGAUUAAAGAUGAUUCAGUCAAUCCAGUCAACUCUGAAUCCAGUGAUGCUGCAGGAACUAAAACAAUCAGAUCAGUGAAAGUCUCUGAUGGAGGACAGUACAGAUGCAGAGCACAAAGAGGAAACUACGACACACAGUUCAGUAACACAGUUCAAGUAACAGUUAAAGACUCAAAGCUCAAUCCUGAACUCACAUCAGAUACUGCAGGAGCUGCACUGACAGGAAACACGGUGACUCUGAUCUGUCACAUGACUCAGACCGCUGGAUGGGACUUUUACUGGUACAAACACACACAGAACUCUGAGAAAAACAAGACAGAAACAAACUCCUACAGAGUCCAUAUUGAUUCAGUGUCUGAUGGAGGUCAGUACUGGUGUAGAGCUGGAAGAGGAGAACCAGUUUACUACACAUACUACAGUGAUGCAUUGUGGGUCAGUGUCACAGCUCAACGUCCCUCAGUGUCUCUGAUCAUCAGUCCCAGCAGAAGUCAACACUUCUCAUCUCACGCUCUCUCUCUGAACUGUGAGGAUCACAAUAACUCCACUGGAUGGACAGUGAGAAGAUACACAGACAGUGAGAGAAUGAAAGAUUGUUCAUCUACAGGAUCUACAUGUGAAAUCAGCUCCCUUAAAACAUCUGACACUGGAGUGUACUGGUGUGAGUCUCAAUCUGGAGAACACAGUCCUCAUAUUAUCAUCACAGUACAUGAUGGUGAUGUGAUUCUGGAGAGUUCUGUUCAUCCUGUGAUUGAGGGAGAUACUCUGACUCUACACUGUUUACAUCGAUCUACAAACUCCUCAAUCCUCACAGCUGAUUUCUAUAAAGAUAGAUCACUCCUCCAGAAACAGACGACAGGAGAGAUGAGCAUCCCUACUGUCUCAAAGUCACAUGAGGGUUUCUACUCCUGUAAACACAGAGAGAGAGGACAGUCACCCGAGAGCUGGAUCUCAGUCACAGACGGUUCAUCUUCUCAUCUGGUGAUUUGGGUGGUUGUGGGUCUGAGUGUCGCCGUGUUACUCCUCAUCUCACUGAUCCUGCUGUGGAGAUACAAACACAACAAAGCUGGUGUGUUUUGGGUGUACAAACACGGAGAGAGAGGACAGUCACCCGAGAGCUGGAUCUCAGUCACAGAUGCUGGAAAAAGAGAUGUUUUAAUUGAGAUGAAAACUGAGGACAAUCAAAGAGGGAAAAGCAGUGAGUGUGAAGACACUGUUUACUCUGAUCUGAAGCAGAACACAGACAGAGGUGGCAGUGCUGGAGUCGAUGCAACUUAUGCUCAAGUUUUUAAUCACCGAAAGAAAAAAACCUGCAAGAAUUGAUCAAGUUUAUUUUAAAAUACACACAUUUACAUGUAGAAGAAACGCUGAAAUCAAUCAAUGAUCAGCUCAUUAAUUAAAAAAGACACGUGACAAGACAAAACUGGAUUUCCAUGAGAUUUUGAGAUGUUUUUUAUCCAGUCUUGACGUCAACAUGUAAUGAGAGAAUGCCGUUAAAUGCCUUUACAUGCAAAAGUUCGGAUCAUUUUUCUUGCCUUUCUUCUCCCGCUCAUUUAUUGAAAUGAAACACAACUGCCGUUUAAACAUCGAUCGACUCUUUAGUGAGAGAAGAUAACUCUGUGAAGUUGGCACCCCCAUAAAAUUAAAUAAUCACCAAAACUAUUUCAUUUGUUUGUGCUGGUUUGGUGUUUGAGAUAUUAAGCAUCUUUUUUGGCUGCGUGACGUCACUCUCCACCCCAUCUCGCUCCGAUCGAUCCAAACUGGUGUCAUUCGUUUGUGGCGGUUUGUGCUGUUGAAAGAAACAAUAGAAAUAAGAAAAUGAUCUCCCGGAUCUGUGACGUCAGUCGUGCAUUUACCUCAUCUCGUCCAAUGCGCUCAUUUUCUGACUGUUCGUUUGUGCUCAGGUUUCUUACCGUUGCUGUCAUAGUUUUUUAUUUUUUUAUAUUUACAGUUUGAUCAUUCGUUUGACAUUCAGAAUAAUUCUCAUUAAACUCUCCGUGCAAAUCACAUUUUCAAGCCAAACCAAUCUGGACAUGAAUGAAUAGAUUUUCUUUGCUUAGCACAAAGCUAAAGUCCUAUAAAUCAUUUAAACAAUUCAAUCAUUUGAUAUUAUGACAUCACAAAAAAUACAAAAUGUUCUUAAAAAUAUCUCUUUCAUGACACAAGACUCUAGAAUUUACAUUCUAUAUGUUCAAAUAAAUAUAAAUGUUUGUAAUAUUCUAAUUCCAUUAAACUCAACGACCGUUUGAGCUACAGACAUGAAACCAACUGCAAAACACUCUGAAUAUUAUUCUUCAUAUAGCACAAGACUUGUUUUUGGGAGAACACGUUCAGUCCUUUUUUACAGAUUCAAUUAUCCCUAUAAAUCUAUUAAACUCAAUGAAUAUAUAAUUAUAAAAUAAAUGAAAUAAUACAAAAUAUCAAAUAAUAAAAAGUACUUUUAUACAGAUAUUAUAAUUCUAUAUUCAUCGAGUUUAAUGGGAUUUGUAGUGAAUAGGGUUUGGUUUCGAAACAUACUGUAAAUGAUCUUCUGGAUUUGUUGUGCAUCCUGAUGUCCCUUACCUUGCUGCUAGCCCUGAUGCUACGGUAUACGACCCAGCUGCAAAUCCUCCCUUUGGGUUAGCUGAAGUCAAAUGCCCAAAUGUUGACAGUAUAAUGGAUGUGACUCAUAUUACGUUCAUCGCUGGUCAGGCUAAACUGAAAACAACAAGUAUUUCUGGCAAGUCCAGGGCCAGUUGGCAAUAACUGGUUUACCAUGGUGUGAUUUUAUCACAUCUACAAAAGUGACCUCACAGUUGAGAGAAUUGGGCUAGAUGAACUCCUGAUCAUAGAAAUGAAGGAUAAACUUGACCUGCUCUUUUUUAACACAUAUAUGGAAACCUGAAAAUGCAAAUAAAGCUGCAAAGACACACACACACACACACACACUAAAUACACUGGUAGAGACUCUUUUUACUUUUUAUUAUUUUCGUUAUUAUAUGAUUUUUAUUAUUGCUAUUACUUUUUAAUAUAGCCUAAUUCACAUUGUACUAUAUACAUAUUAUUGUAUUUAUAUACAUAUUAUUUUAUCAUUACAUGGAUAUCACUGUAUUCUUUUUCACUCAAAAUGCUAUUUUCAAUAGGCCUAUAUACUAAAUGUAAAAAUGUAAAACUGUAAAAUUG